AUGACACCCAUUACACAAUCUGGAAGCAAGCGCGCAGCUCGCGAGGCUAUAGAUGCCGCUAUACCUACUUGGGAAUUGAAAAGGGCUUCCAAGACGAUUGCAACGGCCACGGAUAGUGAAGAGCCCGCCACAGAAGACCAGCAGUGCUUCCGCUUCCUCAAUCUUUCUCCAGAGCUAAGAAACAGAGUAUACAAGUAUGCUGAAGAAGAUGACACUGAACCGUUCGCUCUGCAUCCAAUACACCUCCACCCAGAUUCUCACCGCAAGUCGUAUUCCAAGCGUACCUGGCAAUAUUUCGCUGUAACCCAGGUCUGCAAGCAAGUUCGCGCUGAGUAUCGUCCUAUUUGGGUCCGGGACCUUCGUGUUAGAUUUGAAUCAACUUCCGAGGUGACUCUUUUCGCUGAUACAUUUCUGCAUCAUGGGAGCGGAAACGAGCACACGCCCAGACUAGUGCAGUUCUUGUGGGACCAUGGUGACGACAGCAUAUCAUCAUUUGAUAUGAUGCCUUUACUGCGCCUGCAUGCCCGGCAUCCAUCAUUACGUGUUGAAUUUGUUCCAUACAUGAUUGUUGCAGGCGGAUUGACCAUAGAAAACGACAUUUGCAGAAGUUGCAGAGCACAGAUCCACGAGUACGAAGACAUAAACGACUGCGACAACUGCGAAUGCUCAUAUCACGCGUUGAAUCGCUAUGAGUGGGGGGCUUUCAAGCGUGAACAAAUGAGAUAUACUCGCAGCAUACAAGUCUUCAUCCACAACCUAAACGAGUCUUGGCUUGAAGCAGUACGGGAGGACAAGAUGACGGUGACAUGCCAAAUCAAUGAGGAAAGCUGCCAUGGUACCUUCAAGAUCCUUUGCAAAGAACCAAUUUGUCAGAAAACCACCGAAUCUCAACCAGCCUUGGACUUACUGGAGCAAUGGGGGAUUUUCGAUCUUGACGUUAAGAAAUGUACGGUGUUUGUGAUGGCUUAUGAAGAUGAACAGAUUACGGAGAGGGAUGGACGGGAGAUCAACAACUCGGUUGUGCGCGAAGUUUGCGUUCGCAAAGUAUCAGCGAAAGACCAGGCCGCUUCGUCCAUCUAA